AUGUUCCAGAUCCUCGAUGGCCAGCGAGAGGCUACAGCUCCGGCACGCACUCUCCCGUCUUUCGAGCGCUUCCUGCCCUCGGUCAAAAACAACGCCUCUCGCAACAGGGGCACCAUGAAGAAGCAGGAAAUCUUCACGAAGCGCCAGUUGGAUGAGAUGGACGAGCAGGUCGAUCUCUCUGCUCCGCUCUACCAUCCGCCGCGACCUUACCGGAAGUCGAAGACGGCAACUCCACGGGAGAUCAUCGAGCUGCUUGACUCGGACGAUGAGUGA